AUGGAUCCCGAUCUGUGGCAUGCCGUCGCAGCGGCGGCGCCCCAAGGCGCGGAGGCGACCGCGCGGCGCCCUGGCGCGGGAGCUGCGGGCGUGCUGGCCGCGGCGGCGACGCUCCUCGUGGCGUAUGUGCACAACAGCCUGGCAGGCGCCGUUUCCCUGCUCUUCUUCUUCGCCUGGGCCGCCCUCUGCAUAUCUACGCCAUACGCCGCCCGUGCGACUGCGCGCCACCGUGGCGUCUGGGCAGCUGCAGCUUCCUGGAGCUCGCUGCUGCUGGCUGCGCAGGCGUCCCUCCAAAUCCUGGACAGGGCUCGGCUGCUGCCGCGGCCGGGCGACGGCGGCGCGUGGGCGCUGUGGCUGCAGGCGGCGGGGCUUGGUCGGCUGCAGGGCGGCUCGCCGCUGGAGUUGCUGCUGCUCUUCGGCGCGCCGCUGCUUUGCCUAGCUGCUGCAGCCGCGGCCUCCGGAGAGGCGCGCCUGCUGCUGGCGGCGAUGCGCUCGGCGCCGCUGCUGCCCCAGGCGGCGCCGCCGCAGGGCGGGCGCAGCAACGGCGCGUGCGGCGUGGGGAACGGGGAGGCUCCGACAUCUGCGGCCGUGGCAGCGCCUGCAAGGCAUGCAACCUCCUACUCAGGGGACGCGGGCGCGGCCUGGCGCGCCCCCGCGAUUUCGGUGCCGCUCCUCGUCGGGGUCCCCUUCAGCAACACCGGCGUCCUGCUCUCCGCGGCCCUCCUGGCCGCCGCGCUGCUGUGGCCGAGCCUGCCCGGCCUGCCCUAUGUUGGCGCCAUCGUCUGGGGCCUCUGCCAGUGGGCGGCGGGGCGAGGUGCAUGGGUCGGCAGCGCGGCGGCGCCGGUUGCGCUGCAGGCGUGGUGCGGGGCGCACAUACUGCUCCUCUAUCUAGCGCAGAUUCCCGAGGGCUUCCUGCCUAGCUUGGACGCCCCCAGGGCGUGGCUGGGCCUUUACAAUGUCUACAACUGCGGCGACGUCACACCCAGCCCAAACAGCGGCGGCGGUGGAAGCGGCGGCGACGCGCCUGCGGCGGCGCCGCCCUGCACGGUGCAGCUGCUGCACUUCGUGUCGCUGCACCUGCUGUUCGUGGCGCUCGGCGCCUACGCAUCGCUGACUAGGCAGCCGCUCUACCAGCGCCUGCGGAGGGAGGACGAGGAACGGAGGGCAGCGGCCAAGGCGGCGGCGCCCCGCGGCCGCGGCAGCGGCGGCCGCGCCGACGCUGCAGCCUCGCGGGCGGCGGCAGACGCGGGGGCGCUGCGGGAGCCGCUGCUGUCAGAGGGCAGCGCCGAGACGCCCGCGGCGCAGCUGAUGCUCGGCGGCUCCCCCGGCGGCGGCCCGGCGCCGCAUCCCGAAGCGCCCUCGCCGCUCGGCGCCAGCCCGCGCGGCCGGCCGUCCCCCGCCGCGUCCGCGCCCGUGCAGCCGCGGCAGCCCGGCGCGCCGCCGGUGCCGCCGCCGCCGCUGCACUGGUCACAGCAGGCGUCUGUCUUCCUGGAGGUCCUCCUGCCCGCCCUGGCCGCCGCCCUCGAAUACGCAGCCUCCUCCCUCCUGUCCACGCCCGCCGCGGCGGGCAUCGCAAUGGCGGCGCUAUCUAUGGUGCAGGUCUCCGUCCUCGGAGGCCUCACCCUGCUCGUCGCCGUCUGGUCGCUCCUCGCGCCCGGCCGCGGCGCCUCCGCCGGCGGCGCCGCGCUGCGGCGCGCGAGCCCGGCGCUCGCCGCGUUCUACAUGGCAUGGCUGGUCGACGCCUACGUGGCGGUAGCGCUCGGCGGCCUCGUGCGCGCGCCCGUGGAGGUCGUUUCGCUCGGCGUAUGGGGCUUCAAAGACGCGGCCGCACCCGCGGCCGCGCAGCUGCUGCUGCAGCUGCUGGCGACGCUCGCGGUCGCCGGCCUGUGCCGCGCCCACAGCACUGCGCCCGCCGCCGCCGCUGCCGCCACAGCAGCCGCAGACGUCCCCGCUGGCCCCUCUGCGCUCCCCACUUCCACCCGGGCGGCGGCCGGCGCGUGCGGCAGAUCCUCGGACCCAUCCGAAGCAGUGGCCACGGCAACGGCGGUGGCAGCGGCGGCUGCAGAUGUUGCUGAGGUUGGCGGCGGCGGUGGAGGCGCUAUCGCGUCGAGGAGCGCGUCAAUGGCAGCCUCGGACAUCCUGCACCUGCUCAGCUUCCGAGGGGAGCAGCGCGCGUCCUCUGACGGCGGCGCGGUCGCGCCCGCGCGGGCGGGGGUGGAGGACGAGGAUUCAGUUAGGGCGCUGUGGGAGGCGACGGUGACUGG